AUGUCAGUUGCGACGAUGCUUCAGCCUGCAUCGAGAAUAUCCCGAGCGUCCUCGUCCUCCUCUUCCUCGUUUCAACCCGUCGCACGACAGAACACCAUGUCGUCCCACGAUACGCGGUCGCUCCGCCAAUCCAAGCGGAUGUCAGUCACCGCGUUAUACCUGUCCAUGUCUGCCAAGGACAGGGAUUUGGAGAUCUCGGAUGAUUUGGCCAAAGCACAGAAACACUUGCGAGAACUCAAGUCCAAGAUCUCGUCCCAAUCCAAGAAGAACUUCGUGUUGGAAAAGGACGUACGAUACCUGGAUUCACGAAUUGCCUUGUUAAUUCAAAACCGAAUGGCCCUUGAGGAGCAAAAUGAAGUCGCAAGCCACCUCGACGAUACGGCCGACCCCCAGGAAGGUUUCUUCCCCAACGAUGAGAAAACCCAGAAAUACGGCAACCUUCUGUUCCUUCUACAAUCGGAGCCCCGCCACAUUGCUCACUUGUGUCGACUUGUUUCCAUGGCGGAGAUCGAUUCUCUAUUGCAGACCGUCAUGUUCACCAUUUACGGUAACCAGUACGAGAGCCGUGAAGAGCACCUUUUGCUCACCAUGUUCCAAUCCGUCCUUACCUACCAGUUCGAUAACACCCCAGAAUACUCCUCCCUCCUGCGCCAGAAUACCCCUGUGUCUCGUAUGAUGACCACAUACACGCGACGUGGCCCCGGUCAAAGUUACCUGAAGCAGGUCCUCGCCGACCGCAUCAACUCCUUGAUCGAAUUGCGCGAUGUUGAUUUGGAGAUCAAUCCCCUGAAGGUUUACGAGAGCAUGGUGAAGCAGAUCGAAGAAGAGACCGGCACCCUUCCAGACUACCUUGCCCGCUCGGUCACUGCAGAAGAUGCUGCGGCGAAUGAGCAGGUGCAAGCCAUCAUUGCUCCUCGCCUGAAGAUGUUAUCCGACAUUGCAAAUGGCUUCUUGACCACUAUCAUCGACUCGGUUGACGAGACUCCGUACGGAAUCCGGUGGAUUUGCAAGCAGAUUCGCAGUUUGUCCCGCCGCAAGUAUCCCGAUGCACAGGACCAGACCAUCUGUACUCUGAUCGGCGGCUUCUUCUUCCUCCGCUUUAUCAACCCUGCUAUUGUGACUCCUCGCUCUUAUAUGCUGAUUGACGCGACCCCUACCGACAAGCCCCGCCGGACUCUGACGCUAAUUGCCAAGAUGCUGCAGAACUUGGCCAACAAACCCUCGUACGCCAAGGAGCCUUAUAUGGCCAGCCUACAGCCUUUCAUUGAGUCCAACAAGGAGCGCGUGAACAAGUUCCUGCUCGAUCUGUGUGAAGUUCAAGAUUUCUACGAGAGUCUUGAGAUGGACAACUACGUCGCUCUCUCCAAGCGCGACCUUGAGCUCCAGAUCACACUGAAUGAAAUGUAUGCCACUCACGCUCUGUUGGAGAAGCACACUGCGGCGCUGGCCCAGGAUCAACACUCGCAUCUUUCUCUACUGCUUCAGGAACUUGGAGCUGCGCCCCCACAGGUUCCUCGCAAAGAGAACCGCACCAUUACUGUGCCUUUGUUCAGUCGGUGGGAAACCGCCUUGGAUGAUCUGACGGCUGCCUUGGACAUUACCCAAGAGGAGGUAUUCUUCAUGGAGGCCAAGUCAACCUUCGUUCAGAUUCUCCGGUCCUUGCCUCCCAAUUCGUCGGUCGCGCGUCGGCCUCUUCGGCUGGACCGCAUUGCCGAAGCCGCCGCCACCCUGAAGAAUGACGCUGUUAUGGUACGGAAGGGAAUCCGCACCAUGGAACUGCUGAGUCAGCUGCAAGACAUGGGUGUGAUCGAUCGAUCGGAUGAGUUCAGUCUUCUCCGUGAUGAGGUGGAGCAAGAAUUAGUGCACCUUGGUUCGCUAAAGGAGAAGGUGCUUGAGGAAACACGGAAACUCGAAGAGGUUUUCGCCACGAUCCGCGAUCACAACGCGUAUCUAGUAGGCCAGCUUGAAACUUACAAGUCCUAUCUCCACAACGUGCGCAGCCAAUCCGAGGGCAAACAGCGGAAGAAGGAAAAGCACCAGGAACUUGGUCCCUAUAAGUUUACCCACCAGCAAUUGGAGAAGGAGGGUGUCAUCCGCCGCAGUAAUGUGCCGGAGAACCGCCGGGCGAACAUCUAUUUCAUGUUCAAGAGCCCUCUUCCCGGCACUUUCGUCAUUAGCCUGCACUACAAGGGCCGUGCCCGCGGGCUUUUGGAGCUUGAUCUCAAGCUUGAUGACCUUUUGGAGAUGCAGAAGGACAGCCUGGAGGACCUUGACUUGGAGUAUGUCCAGUUCAAUGUCAGCAAGGUCUUGACUCUUCUGAACAAGCGAUUUGCACGAAAGAAGGGGUGGUAA